CGAGGGCCGCUUGAGCGCCCGGAGCGCGCGUGCGGGGUCCCGGCCCGAACUUCGGCCUUGCUGCUGCUCUUGAGGAAUAAUCCAGGCUGAAGAAGAUGGGGCCUCACCGUCUAACGUCCUGUCCCCAGGGCUUGGUGACCUUCCCUGAUGUGGCCGUGAGCUUCUCCCCAGAGGAAUGGACAUUCCUGGACGUCUCUCAGAAGAAGUUCUACAGAGAUGUGAUGCUGGAGACCUACGAACACCUGCAAGCAGUAGGGUAUUUUGGGGUAAAGCCUGCACUAAUCUCCUGGCUAGAAAGAGGAGCCCUGGGGAGGCUGCCACGAAGCCUAUUUGCUGAACUCAAGCCAGAAAUUCAUCCUUGUCCCUACUGCUCUCUCACUUUCUCCAGUCAGAACUUCCUCAGUCAUCACAUGAAACGAAGUCAUCCCUCUUAAAAGUGUCCCCAAUGCACCCCUGUAUACUCCAACUCGCAGGCUGGUCAAGCUCCCCUACUUGGGAAUAGACCGUCCUGAACAAGUGAUGUUUCAAAGAGGAACAGAGAUGGAAGCAGCUGUGAUAAAGUAAAGUCUAUGAAAAA